AUGUUCCAACCCAAUGUUAGACACCACAGUACAGAGCUGGACAAGUGUAUGAAACCCAAACUUGCUUUAAACAGGCUUCAUCACAGCAAGUUCUGUCAUAGCGACAACCCUGUCCCUGCACUGUCCAAGGAAGACCAAGGACAGGGCUCUCUGCUUGUUGUUUUCCAGGGGAAGUUCACUUUGCUGUGCAACACCAAGACAAAUGGCAGCUUUUUGGUGCACCACUUCCUCUCCUUUUAUCUCAAAGCUGGCUGUAAAGUCUGUUUUGUGGCCCUCCUUCAGUCCUUCAGUCACUAUAACAUCAUAGCGCAGAAGCUGGGAGUCAGUCUGACCGCAGCAAAAGAGCGAGGACAGCUCGUGUUCUUGGAAGGCCUGAAAUCCUGCUUUGGUGUCUUGUUUGGGGAGGAGCAGCCUGGGGGGCAGACCAGUCCCUUUCAGUGGAUAAGCAAAGAUGGCUCCAACUUGAAAACCAUGUAUGAGUUUGUCCGGACAUCCCUGAUGCCCUCUGCUAGCGAUUCCUGGAAAUGCCCUGUGUUGCUGGUGGACGAGCUCAGUGUUCUGCUCAGCCUGGGUGUGAGGCCGGUGGAUGUUUUGGAUUUCGUCCAUUACUGCCGAGUUGCGGUGUGCUCCCAGUUAAAGGGGAACGUAGUGGUGCUAGUGCACAGCAGUGAUGAUUCAGAAGAUGAGGAGAAUGAACUGGUCGUGAAGUCACUCUGUCACCAGAGCAACUUGAUCCUUUGGGCAGAGGGACUGGCUACGGGCUUCUGUAAAGAUGUUCAUGGACAGUUAAAGAUCAUUCAGAAGGGGUCACCCAAGCUGAGAGCCGAGAGGAACCUCCUCCGAAUCUACCAGUAUAAAAUUCAGGACAAGAAUGUCACAUUUUUUGCCAGAGGAAUGUCAGCAGCUGUGUUGUGAUUCCAAGGCACAAUUCAGCACGGGGCCUGAGACUGAAGGGAGAGUGGUGCUUGAGACCAGGGAAAAACCGGAGAUGAUAGCAGUACAACCUGGGUAUUUUCCCAGCACUUUCCAGGACCAGUACAUGUGCACUGAGCAGGGUUUGCACUGGCACGAAGUGACAUUUAAAACCCCAGUCCUGCAGUGAACAAUGGGCAGGUGGAAGGAUCUGCCAGACUUGUGCUUAUUGCCAAAUCCGUUCCUCUCCCUUUACUGUCCAGCAGCAUUCCACUGUAAUGUACAAAGGAUUCUAAUUACGAAGAAGAGAAAACAGUGAAAUUGAAAUAUAAUUAGCAAACAGGCAGUUGCCGUGUCGUAGUCCGAUACACCUUAUUAUUAUUCAUUGAUUUGAAAGCAGGCCUUGCCUGUCAAGAUUGUGGUAAGCACUGUACAAUUAGUGAGACAGUACCUACCCUGAAGUGCUUGCAAUUCAGUUAGACAAGACAGAGGAUAGGAGUGAAGGAUCAGUGAUCCUUUAGUGGCCAUCAGAAUUUCAAAAACUCUGAUUUUAAGCUGGGUUAAGAGUUGGUUUAACCAUUUAAAAUGUACCAAAUGGGACAUUUAAUCAUUUGAAAUGUACCAAAUUAGACCGCAGCUACAGAUAAUCUGCACAGAGAAAAAAUAACCCUGGGCCCCUCUUCUGAGUGUGUGUUUUAGAAAGCCCAGACAAGUUUUGUUACAUGUUUUUCUUUCUUCUAGAAAUACAGGUGCCAGCCUCUGUCACAUCUGUUCAAAGUGCGAGCCCUAGGCUGCAUCCCUCUAGCUGAGUAUUAUGUACAGAGCCUAGCACAACACACAUUCAGUCUCGAUUGAUGCAUGGAAUACAAUUUCUUACUAACAGCUUCUGGGUGUCUGAAAAAACUCUAUUGGGGGAUCAUACUCAGAGUUUAAUUUUAAAAACAACUACAUGCAUUGAGUGAUAAGUAUCAUUAAUCAGCUAAGCUUUUUUGGGAAACUUCCAUCUUGACAGAGAUGGGAAGGCGCUUAAAUAAAGCUCCAGGGUGAGUGUUUCUGCCAUGAAAGAUGAGAAGUGAAAGUGUUAACUCUGUGCUAGUUUAACUCUUUGUUGGGCUUCAGAGUUAAUACUGCAUUGAGAUGGAAGGGGUGAGAGGGAAAGGUCACAGGUCUGGGCAAAUCACUCCAGGGCCUCAGUGCUGUGGGGUCUGGGACUUGUCUACAUGGCCUAGUUCAUGUUAAUGAAGGUGCAAAUUUAAAUACCUUUUUGCUUACACUAGCAGGAUUUAGAUGGGGCUGUUAGUGCAUUGGCUGUUGUUGGAAGGCAGGGUUCUGGGUUAGGUAAACCUUUGUCCUAACCUGUGUGGCCAUUCUUAUGAAAUGCUUAAUGUGUUCUGUAGUCCGUGCCCUGGUAGUUUGCACUGUGGGGCCAUGAAGACAAACACUUAGUCCUUCCUUCCUGCCUCAGGUAUAUCAUUGCAAUGGGUCACAGGCAGAAGAUUAUCUUUGUGGCCAGAAUAGGAAUUUUAUUUUUAAAUAAAAUCUUGAAAUCUGCAAAAA